UUAUGAAGCUGCAGGCCCAAUUAUUGGAACAACACAAAAUAUUAGAUAACACCAAAGCUAAGGAUGCUCAAAUUUUGAGUCUACAAGCUCAGCUAGGGGAAAAGAACAAAUUGGAACGGAACAGUUUCGAAACAGUGAAGGAGGUUUUUCAAAACUCUUCCCUAACUGAACAUGAGGAUGAGUUGGCAUUAGGCGAACACAGUCAGUUAUUCAGUCCACCACCUGACAGUGUGUUAAAGUUAAAUUCUCUUAGUGCUGCACUAAAAGAAUUGUUAGUAAUAAGUCCAUGCAGCGACGGAAGUGAACAAUUGUGGGACCGUAUUUGGGCUGAAAAAUGGGUGUGGUAAGGAAACCCAGAAAUAGCACGAGUUCAACAUAAAACAUGAAUUAGAAUUUUAGUGGGGGAUCAAGUCAAGUCUGGAAGUGUUACAGGAUGGAAGAGUGAGCCUACAGUUGAAAAACACUGAAAGCGCAUUACCAUUAAGGUAUGAGGUAAAGUAAUAGAGUAUGCAAAUUGUCUAAUGAGAAGUACCAUCUUGUGUGAAUGAAUCCUGUGUAACAGCAAUCCUUUAUAGUUCUGUCACAGCUAGAAGCCUCAAAUAAUUCUGCUUCUCUUGCUAAAGAACAACUUGUCCUUUACGUUCAGAGUGUUGGUGAAGCUGGGUACUUAA